GGGUAGCCCCAUGGAGAUAUGAACCACAGUUUCAGGAAGGUGAACAAGAAAAUGGACAGUGGUACAGAUUGUUUAUGAGGUUUCUCACGCAAGUCUUGGCUUAUGGCCACGGUAUUUUAUUCAGUUUUUAUCCCUGUGGAAUGUUAGACGUACAAGAAACCUCUAGAUAUUGACGGUCGUCCUCAACGGGUCGCAAAAAUGCAGUUUGUUCGAAAGCUUGUUGGUAGACCGGGCCGACCUGUGUCGAACAUUCAUCAAUCGACCGAGGAUGAAGCUCUUUCACUGAGGCAUUUACGAAAGCUUUUUAUGGAAUUCCUUCAUUCACCUGUACCACUAACUGUGCGAGAACAGGAAUCGAAGCUGUAUAUGAUGCUACCAUUGUUCUGCAAGGUGUUUGGACAAGCGAAACCAAGCAGUAUGACUGAGAAAUUUGGCGAUGUUUGCCAAUUUGCGGCACAUGUUUCUCGACUUAUGGUGAACGAAAUUCGCCGUAGAGCGGCAAACCAGCCCAAAGAAACUGCUAGUAAAAUGAUUAUUGACUUUCUAAUGCGUGAUUCUGCAGAGGACACUGUUUCCGGCUGGAAUCUACUGAACACAUUGAAUAUUCUCGCUUCGGCAGAUACUCCUGUUGUGGAAUGCAUGGUCGCUGCGAGUUUACCCUCAAAUAUGGUCAAAUGUCUUUAUUUAUUCUACGAUUUACCUCCUCUCGAGAAAACCAAUGAAAAGAGUACGGAAGACGUUCAGGACGAUGCUCUAACGAUACAAAAACUGUACACUCAAGUGCUUGUGAAACUGUGCAAUUAUUUCGCUACGUCACGCGAGCUUGUACACACAGAUGAUCUCGCCUUGCUGUUCACGGCAAUAUCAUGUUCGAUUCCUGAACACAAUGUACAGUGGAGAAGUUGCGUGUCCGAAAUAUUGAUGACUUUAACUCGCCAUGGUUUAGACAGGGAUGUGGUACACUACAUUCACAGUAAAUCAUGCUUUGCUCAGUGUCUGAUGAACAUGAGGAGAAUUCAACAAGUCAAUCCUCUGGAACUUGUAGAGAUGAUUGUCACAUUAGUUUGCUGUCUGAAAGACUCAUCCGCCAUCUCACAUUAUUUAUUGGCUGACUUUCGAAGUUGUCAUGGUUACCUGUUUUUGACAGAAUUACUCUUAAUGCUCGGCGAGAUGACUGGGAAUGAAGCACGGGAAGCUUGUAGGAAUGUUGUUCUUCUUGUAUCGUCACUUGUCAUGAUCGGUCAUGUGACUUUGAGACCUCUUGUCAGUAUCGGUGGCACUCCCUUUCAGGACCCUGCAUUUGAAAUUCCUGAACCAGUUGGUGGAGGAAGUAGUGUCAGAAACAUUGAAGCAUUUCAAGUUCUACAAAGUGUGUUUUGCAAGACAACAGACAAACUCCUUUGUUUAAAUAUUCUGGAUUGCAUCAACAACAUCUACUGCUCGGACAAUGCAAACUACUUCAUUUUGGAACCACAACACACAUUGUCUCUGUUUGUUGGAACAGUGCCAGAAAAAGACACUGAGGUGCAGGAGAGAAUUUUCAAACUGCUGGAAUUGGUGAUCUGUAAUCUGAACUGGGUUCCCUGUCCUGAGCUGAUAUCUGUCAGCAUUCUUUUCAAGAACAACCUGAAGGUGUGUGAUUUUCACCAAGCUGCAUUGUGCUUUUUCAUUCGCAUUUUGAGUUAUGAUCCCAAGUAUAAAAACGUGUUCAGAGAGGUUGGAGUACUGGAAGUUCUCACAAACUGUCUGAAGCAGUACGCUGAUGUUUUGAAGGAAAAAUAUGAUGAAACACUGAAAACUGCUUCUUGCCAGGCGGACAUGAAUGAGUUUGACGAUGCUGAAACCCACGUUCCUGAUUACCCAUUUCUGUUGAUGGGGUGUCUCAGAUUGCUACUGGAAAACAAUUCCACAAAUGCCACUGAGUUCCGUGAAUGUGGAGGUGCUCGCUGUGUGCAUAACAUUGUACCAUACUCCAGCUCACGCACAGAGGCUUUGAAGAUCAUCAGGGAACUGAUUCUCAGUGGCGGAAACGAUGAUCUAGGUACUCUCCUUAGCUUGAUGCAUUCAACUCCUCAGUCAGAGGUAAAGCUGAAGACUGACGUACUAGAUGCCCUGCUGAAGGUGUUUGAUCUUGACCCUAGAACACGAGCUGUGUUUCGUGAGGUUGGAGGUUUUGUGUACGUCAUGUCAGUUUUGAUAAACAUGGAGGGGAGUCUAGCCAAUCCAACGUCUCCGACAUGGAUUGAUGUUAUGAGAAGAGAAAUUCUCAUUCUUCUGCGAACAGUAUUCCAUGUUCUGACAGCUGCUAUUCAAGAUGAUCCUGCUAAUAAGAAUUUCAUGGAUGAGAUUCGAUUCAGAGGGCUGUCAGACACUAUCCGUUUACUAGGCUGCUUCUCCUUGAAUGCUGUCAAUAUUCCAUCAUGUAGUUCAGGUGAAGAGCAGAAGAAAUGGAGACUGUGUGAAAGACAGUUCUCACAGUCCUUGCAACACAUACCACUGUCUGCUCGGGCAAGUGUUGACUCAACCAGAUCUUCAAUGACAUUUGAGGGAUCUCUAGAUCUUGAUCCAUCCUCAGUGCUUUAUGCUGCUAAUGAGAUGUUCAAGAACCUGUUUGACAUGGCCACAGACUCAUUUUGUUUAAAGAGUGGAAGCAUAAUACCAGUGGACUCAAACGGAACACAAACAGGGAGAAAUGGUCAGGGUAUACCGUACAUUUACCAUCCUGGGGCAGUGAAGGCAGCUGUUGAUCUGCUACCAGCUGUGUCAGAGAUGAAUGGCACUGUUUUAUCAGAGGGAUGCUUGGAGUUACAGCUGUACUGGAUCUGUCACCUCCAGAACCUGUUGAAAUGUGAACACAAUCAGCAGGUCAUGUGUGAGGCUGGACUUCCUCAACAGAUCCUGGACAGAUGUGAGGCAGCACUGAUCACUGAAGAGCAUCCACUACAUGCACCUUUACAGAGAAUGUUUGAGAGACUCGCGUCACAGUCAUUAACACCCACUGUGCUGAGGGAUUUUCUCAGACUUGGGUUUCCACUUUACUGUCAAUCUCUUGAAGCUCCAAAUGAAACAGCUCAAAACACUAGAAAAACUAACGACGUGACAAUGCUAGAAGAAAAUCCACAAGAGAAGAGAGAAGAUAGCCAAGACCUGAAUGAGUCGCUGAGGAAGAUUUCAGAAGUAACACCCAGGAAAGUGUCAGAUAUCGUCAACAGAAAACUCUCAGACACAGAUUCUCAUUCAAACACACUGACAUUUAGAGAUGUGAUGCUUAGCAUGAUACAGCCAAGCUCAGAAUCAGGUUCUGAUGUGGAAUCAAAUUCUGACGAGGAUGAAUACUUGAUUGUUCAAAAUGCAAAUCUAGAUCCUGGUCACAGUGGUUCUGGUGAAAAUGAGGACGUAAACACCGAGAGUGAUGACACACCUCCCCAGCCACCUCCAAGAAGGUCUAAAGCCAAUUCCAAAAGACGUUCCUUCGAAGGAGCCCUCGAUUUGGACAGUAAUCUCAGUUAUUGUCAAGAUUAUCAGGUUACUGUGGAAACUAGUGAUGGGAUCGAGCUAAAAGAUGUAAUGACAGCUGAAGUUGACGGAGUGGAUAUUGACACAAUUGGUAACACUGCUCAGGAGGUUUCUUACAUAGACCAGGGGGAAGACACAGUUAUUUUAGAUUUAAAAGGGGAAGCCAAGGAAGCCAUCAGUGACAGCUCAACAGACGAAUCCCCUGAAAGAAAACAUUCUGAAACAAAUGAUGAUGCCGCAUCUGAUAAUGAUGAUGUAAACUUGGUGAGUGCAGAAGCUGUUAAUGAUACUGCUGCCAGCCCACACAAAGCUGCAGAAAUGAGCUUUGAUGAAUUCAGUAUGAAAUUGUCACAGAUUGCAGAAUCUCUUCCGGACCCUCAAGUUGGUAGCUACGUCAAUCGGCAAAUAAGUUCAUUAAAUGGCGAAGCUGAGGAUGCUGAAGAUGUUGAAAAGGACGAUGUAGAGGAAAUGUCCUGCCAGCCACAUGGAGGAGGAGCUGUGUCACUCACUCGUGUUAAGUGUGUGGUUUCCAUGACAACUCCAAGGGAUGCACGGGCCCAUGGCGCAACAGACUGUCCAUCUUUUGUGGAGUUUGACAUGAGUGUGGAUGGGUUUGGUUGUCUGUUUCUCCCAGCCAUUGCUCCACAGAUCUCAGCUGGUAUUGCAACUGUUAGCUCAGUGAUGGCUCCAUCAGUGGUAAUGGGUGGGGUGCCUGGAGUAGGGGUGGGGGAACGAAUGUUCCCCCCUCAGGCAGGAUUGACAUUUGUUUGCUGGAUUUGCAUCGACCAGUACAGUGACACCACUGAGGACCAGCAUCCCGUCAGGCUCUUGACGAUCAUGCGACAGUUUCGUAGCGGAAGUGAAAAAAAUCCCAAUGUGCCAUGUUUAAGCAUCAGUAUCUCGGCCAGGGAUAGAAUGCUUGUGGUUUGUACAGAUGAAGGUGGGUGUGAGGAUGGUGCCGACUUACCAGUGAUGCAGGUUCAACGUGAACGUGAGCACACAGAAGCCAGGUUUCUAAGCGACCAGUUGUUAGAGGAGGGAAGAUGGCAUCACGUGAUGGUCGUGUUAAACAAAGCGUUGAUAAGAAAUAGCACCUGUGCUUUGUUUGUGGAUGGAAAGCAUGUCAACACCUGUAAGCUGAAAUAUAUCCAGGCUGCUGCCGUUAGUCCAGACGCGGCAGUGGUCAAUGUGGCGCCGUACAUCUCAGCCUAUGUCGGUACUCCACCUAACCCGAGCUAUCGCAGAUGUUCGCGCCUGUUGUGGAGACUGGGCCCCACUCAUCUGAUAGAAGAACCACUGUCUGGCUCAACAGCCGAUGAAAUGUUUAGACUGGGACCUAACUAUGUUGGUAGUUUCCAGGCUCCCUGUCCUGAAGGUCAAGUCAGGGUGUAUGGCACUGAGAGUGUUGAGCCGCUUGUGAGUGAAGAAAAGGUCAUGUUUGGAAUCCAUGGACAUGCUAAGUCAGUGCUCACUCUCGCAAAAAUUAGAAAACACUUCAGGAAAAGUGACACCCGAGCUGUGGCUAAAGAGCUUGGUCUGUCAACCCAUGAUAACACCACACCUGUGCGACUGAUUCACAACACUGCAGCCCAUCUCCAAGGCACCUCACGGACUAUCGGUGCAGUCAUCAUUGGCUGUUCUGGAGUACGGACUUUUUGUCCCAACCCAGUUUCUAAGCUGAUAGAGUGUAUCGGUGGUGUGUCGGCCCUGCUGGGCUUGGUUGCUAUGGCAACUGACGUUGAAGGGCUUUACGCAUCUGUCAAGGCGUUAAGCUGUGUUCUUAGAAGUAAUCCGUCGGCGAGAAGAGACAUGGAGAGAACGAGAGGUUACCAGAUUUUAGCGUUGCUACUUCGGAGGAAGAAACACUUGCUGAACACGCACAUUCUUCACUUAACAUUUGCCUUGGUUGGAACAGUAGACAGUGACAGGGAGUCGUCAGUUAUACCUAACAGAGUGGCAUUCAAAGACUUGUUGUGUGAUUUAGAGGUAAGAGUUAGAGACUAUAGUUCUCAAUCUUUUCUGUAUGGACCUCACUGGCAUUUUCCCCCUUUGGUUAGAUUUGGCCAAUUCCUGGUGUCAACUUUACCGGAACACCCUUGCAAUGAAAACGAGCUUAAACUGGACGUUGUGUCGACAACUGAAACCAACCCUGAGGGAGGGGAGGCAGAAGAGUCUUUGUCUCCGAGACGCAUUUGCUUGCGUAAUGUGAUGUUGGAACUUAUUCUUUGUUUGAUCUAUGCUGAAGGAGGUGAACUGGAUCAUAGUUUUGCAGAUGCUCUUCAGGAGACACUGGGAUUCGACUGGCUUCUUCUCUUUAUCCAAGCUCAUCUUCACAACACCACAGUGGUACGUGCGACCCGUAUCCUGGUCACCAUGCUAAGCAGUACGCCUGCGCUGAACAGAUUCAGAGAAGGACUGAGCAGUGGUAACUGGCUGGAUGGUACUGACGUCAUGCUUAACAAAACCACUUAUGUUGUGGCAGGUUUUAAUGUGGGCUUCGUUGCUGACAACAAGCAAAAGUACCAGAUCAACAGAGAAGUGUGCAGUGUUCCUGGAUUCCUGAUGCUCGAUAAACUGCUGUCCAAACAUAUCGACAUCCCUGAAAUUUAUCAUCUUGUGAUUGCUCUUUUGCUUGGUCAUCCUGUGUCUGAUGUGUAUGCCGGUGUUCAGUUUGACUGGGACAGCUUGACCUCUGUGUUCUGGUCACCCUCGGCCUCAGGAGUCAAAUUCCCCGCCCGUAGUCCCCCUGAGCCUGGUUCACGUAACAUCUACUGUCCCGAGGCCGCCCAUGUGCUUCUCUCCAUGGUUUUCGUCAUGGUUAAUGAGCCAUGGCAAGACACAGCAGAUCAUUCCUGGCUGAGGGAAUACCCCGAGACGUUACUUCAGUUCCUGCUCUUCUUGUAUCGUAACAUUACCAGCUUCAGUGUGGUGUGCACCUCACAAGAAUUCCUUGAGAAACUCGUGGCUAUUUUGUUUCCCAAAAGACGAAACCUGGCAAAAUUCCAAGAGCUUGCAUCAGACAGUGAGAAUGAAGGGGAGCCUGGCACAGAGUCUGAGGCAUCACCGUUUUCGUCCAGGACUCUGUUGAUUACUCACCCAGCAAGGAAGUGUGUGUUUGAAUUCCUCAGGGUGAUCAUGACUGAUUCACUCACCUCGCCUACAUCAGCCAAGAGUUUGGGAGUCAUUGAUACAAUUCUAGAGUCCUAUCCAUUAAAAUGUACCCAGCCACAACAAGCGGAAUUUCAAACGGAAGUGCUGUGUGCUCAGAUAGAUUUUUUCCUUGGUGGGAACCUUCUGACCAACCCAUCAGCAGGGUCAGGAAAUCACGCCAAGAUUGUGGCCAAUGCUUUCUGCUUCGCCUCGAAAGUCGUUGAUAAGCUGUGGAUUGGAAAUUUUGUUCAAGGUUACAAGACGGCAUUCAACUUUAUAACAAGCAUGAUUGAAGCAGUGAAAGGUCAGUCUGUGUCAUUGGACAGUGCUUACCACUCGCUGAACAGAUCUAUCUUAUUCCAACUGUCAAGACCUUUGGCUCGGCUUACAGACCAAACAAGCCUGUUGGAAUUCCUUCAUAUUCUGACUACAAACCACAAGUUGGUGUUUGCACCAGUCAACAACGAGCCAGAUUUUAUCGCCGGCCUGUGUCAUUGGCUCCUUGUUAUGGGAACUCACAAGUCUCUCUCGGUGGAAGACAACAAUAAAAAGUCUGAAGCUGUUGUUGGUUCUCCUGAUGUUGGUGAAGAGAUAACUGAGGAAGUUGAGAAAGAUGUGUUAGAACAAGAAGAAGAAUCGAGCUGUUCCAGGCUCCUGGCAGCGGCAGCCGAGAGAGUCUGGGAUAUAUUUGUGCAGAACAAAAGAGAGGCCAUGGAAGACGCAUUCAAGAUUGCUCUCCCGAAGCCAAGCUUUACCUCUUACAGUUCAAGGGAUUAUGUUGAGCACAUGCCAAUGGGAGGUUCGUCGAAUUUAAAUCUGGACCUUAAAUCUGUCAGGCCGCUAAUUGGUGAGGCUGCCACUAGGAUGUGGAUGGCGUACAUCUCACUGGAAGAAAAACAUAAAGCUGAGACAUUAGGAACUCCGAAACUCAGCAACAAAGGAAGGAGUGGCCGAUCACUGCGCAUGCUCAGCUCAAAGAAAAGCAAGAAAGAGAACCAAGACCCUAAAGCAUUACUGACCGAGUCACACCUGUGGAGGAUGAGACACACCAAAGUGGUGCGAGAUCUUGUACGACUUCAUCACAAAAAUCAUCUUCAGAACUAUCAACUGAUUUCCAAGUCUGUGGCGGAGGAAUGGGGUCUAAUGGAUGCUGAUCUGACACGAGAGCGAGGCUUGUGGGGUCCACCCAGCAGCUCACAGCUUGACAAGUGGGCUUUGGACAUGGUGGAAGGUCCUCAUCGAAUGAGAAAGAAGAUGUAUCGCAACGAUAAGUUCUAUGUCCAUUAUCCUUACGACAGCAAGGUGGCCAGGCAAGUCAGAGAGAAAUCAUCAAAAGGCAGAGCUCCCAUUAGUCGUGACAGCAAAAUACAUUUUAAACUGAGAGGACGAGUGGUGCAGGGAUUGGGGCCAAUUGAAGCCCUCACUCAGGAGAGGGUUGUUGAAGGAGGAGAAAAGAAAGAAAAGAAGGCCUUCACUUUGCAAAUAUCUUCGGAACCAAGCAACGUAACAGAAGAAAAUGAAGGAAGCGAGGUUGACAAUAACCAGACAAUUGUCAAGCUGCUUGAAGCAGGCGAGACGAUUACUUCCAUGUUCCGAUGCGCCACAAUCCAGGGCUUAGACACGGCAGAAGGACUCUUCUUGUUUGGAAAGGAGCAUUUCUAUGUAGUAGAUGGCGUGACACUUCUCUCCACCAAGGAAAUCAAAGAUAUUGACUCACUGCCACAAGGGACUCACGAUCCUAUAAUUCCCACUUCCUCUCACGAUAAACCUCGGUCAGGGACUACAGAACGAAUGUGCAGCAAGUGGGCUUAUGAAGAUAUCCGCGAGGUCCAUAAAAGACGAUAUUUAUUCCAGGAGACAGCUCUGGAAGUGUUUUCCAGUGAUGGACGAAAUCAUUUCCUUGUAUUUCCCAAACCUGUAAGAAGUAAAGUGUACGAUAAGCUCGUGGCCAGGGCACCAACGCUUCGCGAGAACGCUGAAGAGUCAGUGGUUGGUAUGAAAAGAGACACAGACGUGGAAGCAGGGCUGGGUCUUAUCAACACCUUGAUGGGUGAGCGAUCGGUAACACAGAGAUGGGAGCGCGGUGAAAUAACGAACUUCCAGUAUCUGAUGCAUCUGAACACAUUAGCAGGCCGCUCGUACAAUGAUCUCAUGCAGUAUCCAGUCUUCCCGUGGGUGCUUUCUGAUUAUGAUUCCGAGGAGCUUGAUCUCAACAACCCGAAGACUUUCCGCGUGUUUUCCAAACCAAUGGGAGCUCAGUCUGAAGGUAGACUGAAACAGUUUCAGAAGAAGUAUCGAGAGUGGGAGGAUCCUUCAGGAGAGAUUCCUCCGUAUCAUUAUGGGACUCACUACUCAUCCACCAUGAUAGUAGCCUCCUAUCUCAUCAGACUUGAACCGUUUACUCAGCACUUUCUAAGAGUUCAGGGGAAUUUUGACCUGCCUGACCGCUUGUUUCACUCUGUGAAAGACGCGUGGCUGUCUGCGGCCCACACCAACAUGGCGGACGUCAAAGAGCUGAUUCCAGAGUUCUUCUACCUCCCAGAAUUCCUCACGAACCACAACAAGUUUGAAUUCGGCACCAAGCAGAACGGUGAUGUCAUCGGUGAUGUCUGUUUACCACCCUGGGCCAAAGGCGAUCCGCGGGAGUUUAUUCGGCUUCACAGAAAAGCCCUGGAGUGUGAUUACGUCAGUGCUCAUCUCCAUGAAUGGAUUGACUUGAUAUUUGGAUACAAACAACAGGGACCUCUGGCUGUGGAGGCCAGCAACGUCUUCUAUUACUACUACUACGAGAGCAAUGUAGAUUUCCAUCGCAUCGACGAUCCAAUAAAGAGAAAAUCCAUUAUAAGUAUGAUCGACAACUUUGGACAAACACCGAAACAGCUGUUUAAGCGUGCUCAUCCUCCUAAGAGAGUAUUACGCAGCGUGGAAUCAGACACGCAGACUGGGACCCUUGUCAAUGUUGAUCGUUUGUUCUUUCAUAAUCUUCCCAAUCUUGUGCCAUCAGCCCAGCCGGUCAAAGAACUAAAAGGUCCUGUUGGACAGAUGAUUCAGUCUGACAAUAGAGGACUUUUGGCUGUGGAGAAAAACAAGGUAUUAGUCCCUCCACACAACAGCCGCUACAUCGCGUGGGGGUUUGGUGACUUGAGCAUGCGUACUGGAUACUAUGAAACGGAACGGAUCCUAGCCGUCUACGAGAACUUCCAUAUUGGACAAGUCCUGUGUAUAUCGUGCCCAGACUNCGCGUGUGUUGCCAAUGUAUUAGUCCCUCCACACAACAGCCGCUACAUCGCGUGGGGGUUUGGUGAUUUGAGCAUGCGUACUGGAUACUAUGAAACGGAACGGAUCCUAGCCGUCUACGAGAACUUCCAUAUUGGACAAGUCCUGUGUAUAUCGUGCCCAGACUCCCACACUCUGAUAACAGGAGGCACAAGCACGCUCGUCUGUGUGUGGGACAUGGUGAAAAGCAGUGGAAGAGAGAAAAAACCGCAGAUCAUUUUACAUGAGGUGUUGUACGGCCAUUCCGCAUCUGUCACGUGUUUAGCGGUGUCCACAGCCUACAAUCUUAUUGUCAGCGGUUCUGAGGACAAGACGUGUAUUGUGUGGGACUUAAGUAAACUGACUUAUGUCAGGCAGUUAUCACAACACAUGGCUCCUAUCACUGCAAUUUGCAUCAACGAUUUAACAGGUGAUAUCGCGACGUGUGCAGGCACAUAUCUGUACGUUUGGUCCGUGAACGGUCAGCUGAUCGUAAAAGAGAACACUUCGUUACAAAACAACAAUCACAUUCAGUGCUGCGCCAUGUCAGAGCUUUCAGAAUGGGAUGAAGAAAACGUGAUCCUCACGGGCUCUAUGGAUGGUGUUGUUAGGAUGUGGGGAAUCGAAUUCUUUGACGAAGCAGCGAAGAACCGACGUUUUCUCAAACCACCAUCCCCAAAAAGUGAUGGCUCUACAUCAAAAAGCAAACAAGUUGAGAAGGAAACUUCAGACCGGGACGAGUCUCAAGGGACUGGUACUCAGGACUCUGCCUUGCAAUCACAGCCAGCCCCAGACUCUUCUCCUACAGGAAGUGAUCAAGCCUCGAUGGAUCAGAGCCCGCAAUCCAACCAGCGAGCUGUUAUCUCCGAACAAGCAGAGCCUCGUCUUGAAAUGCCAAACGAUGAAACUUCCGAGGAAAAAAUUGGUGACCACGUGGCUGUUAAGCCAGCAGAGCAUGCUGGGACGAGUGAAGAAGUGGAGAGAGGACGUCACGUGACACCUAACUUGCGCGAUGAAAGUAUAGACGAAGAUUAUGUUAUCAUUCAUCACAAAGAAAAAGGAGACUUACCAAAACCAGUGUGGAGAAGACGUUUGGUGCUGAGACAUAAGUUGACAAUGCAUACAGCGUUUGCCAGAGAAGAUAACUCAGCUCCUGCGGCAAUCACUUCUUUACUCGUGUCCAAGGAUCAUCGCAAGUUACUGGUUGGUGAUUUUCGGGGACGAAUUUACAGCUGGUCCGUGACCGAUGCUGCAGGUCGCAUGGCAGAUCACUGGGUCAAGGAUGAAUUUGCCGACCUUUGCUCGAGCUGCGGAAUCAAGUUCAAAUUCAUUGAGAGACGUCAUCACUGCAGGGAUUGUGGGAAGGUGUUCUGCGCAAGGUGUAGUAGUUACGAAUCAGAGGUGACCCGUCUUGGAAUCCAUGCCCCUGUCCGCGUGUGUCAUGCGUGUUACAACAAACUCAAGAAAUCAUCCAAGAAGACCAACAGCUUGUGGAGAAGACGUUUGGUGCUGAGACAUAAGUUGACAAUGCAUACAGCGUUUGCCAGAGAAGAUAACUCAGCUCCUGCGGCAAUCACUUCUUUACUCGUGUCCAAGGAUCAUCGCAAGUUACUGGUUGGUGAUUUUCGGGGACGAAUUUACAGCUGGUCCGUGACCGAUGCUGCAGGUCGCAUGGCAGAUCACUGGGUCAAGGAUGAAUUUGCCGACCUUUGCUCGAGCUGCGGAAUCAAGUUCAAAUUCAUUGAGAGACGUCAUCACUGCAGGGAUUGUGGGAAGGUGUUCUGCGCAAGGUGUAGUAGUUACGAAUCAGAGGUGACCCGUCUUGGAAUCCAUGCCCCUGUCCGCGUGUGUCAUGCGUGUUACAACAAACUCAAGAAAUCAUCCAAGAAGACCAACAGCUAACACCCAGUCUUCCCUCAUCUGACGGGAAAUUAAAUUCAGACGUCAUUAUUCAUUUUAGAACAACAUCUGAACUGAUCCUAGAAGACAGCUGUAAACGAGUACUUGCUGAACAGUGGACAACGAAUUAUUAAUAAUGAUUUAUUUUCCUGGACGUAAGGUGACAGAACCCAGCACUCGAGAUUGACGGUGACGCGAACAUUCCCCCUUCUUACGUAAAAUGCGGUAUUGACGCCGCAGUUAUCACGCAAGGUCUGGUAAGCGUGACAAAUGCCUGUUUUUUUGGAUGAAUGACUUGACGAACAGAUCGAUACGUUAGGUUUCGUGGUAAACCUUUAAGAAAAGAAACAAGAUGUAGACUCAGUUGUUUUUAAUGUGUACAAUUCUCUUCGACUUCAAUUACGUUCAGCUGAAAACUUUUAUAUUAAUUAGUUUAGUCUUUUUUCAACCAAUUUAUUUUACCAAAAGUCUAUCAUCCGAAGUAUAAUGACAGAUCUCGAUCCCUUCGACAUUUUUCGUAACAAAGAGAUUCUCCAAGGCCUUAAUGUUGUGGUCAUUUGUGCUGACUUGUUCUUUCGAGGCUCUACAGAUAAAAAAAAUAAUUUCGUAUAAAUAAUUUA